CUAAAUUGUUUUGAGAUACAUGGAAUGGGAUCCGUAUAAUUGCAGAUGAUUAAAUUGCAUCUGAAAUGUGUAGACCCUCAUUGAACAUCUCAAUCUUGUUUCUUUUUACUAGAAUGUAACGCGGGUGAGAAGUAUGGUUCAAACUGUAACACGUCAUGUACUGAUCGUCACUGUGAUCCUAACAACAUGCAAUCAUGUCCUACAGAUACUGGAAAAUGUACUGGUGGAUGUCAGCCAGGAUGGGAGGGCGAAGACUGUUCACAAGAAUGUGAAGCGAGUGUGAAGUAUGGACCAAAUUGUACCAAGUAUUGUUAUCACCGCCAAUGUGACCCUAAACACAAUUCCUCGUGUCCAGCAGCUACUGGGAAAUGUACUGGUGAAUGUCAACCAGGGUGGAAGGGAGAAGACUGUAUGCAAGCAUGUCAGGAAAACGAACAAUACGGACCUGGCUGUAAAAAGAACUGUACCCAACGUCAAUGUGCAUCUUCAACGCAAUCCUGCAAUAUCUACACAGGGGACUGCGAUACUGGUGGGUGUAAAUCUGGAUGGAAGGGGGACGACUGCACACAAGAAUGUGAGGCUGGUGUGGAGUACGGUUCAAACUGUAGCAGGUCAUGUGCUGAUCGUCACUGUGAUUCUCAAAACAAGCCAGUAUGCCUAUCAACUACUGGAACAUGUCCUGGUGAAUGUCAGCCAGGGUGGAAGGGAGACGACUGUACGGAAGCAUGUACGAAUAAUGAAGAAUACGGAUCUGGUUGUAUGAAGCUCUGUACCGAUCGUCAUUGCAUGCAUCCAUCUGCAUCCUGUGAUAUACACCAAGGAUACUGUGGUACUGAAGGAUGUAAGCCAGGAUGGAAGGGAGAUGACUGUACAGCAGAAUGUCAGAAAGGUGUUAAGUAUGGUCUUCGCUGUCUCAAAUUAUGUGAUGAUCGUCACUGUGAUACCAAAUACCCGUCAUCGUGUCCUGCAGCCACUGGAAAGUGUCCUCAUGGAUGUCAGCCUGGAUGGAAGGGAGACGAAUGUAAUCAAGAAUGUCAGAAAGGUGUCAAGUAUGGUCAUCGCUGUCUCAAGUUAUGUGAUGAUCGUCACUGCGAUACCAAAUACCCGUCAUCGUGUCCUGCAGCCACUGGAAAGUGUCCUCGUGGAUGUCAGCCUGGAUGGAAGGGAGACGAAUGUAAUCAAGCAUGUACAAAGAACUAUAAAUAUGGACACAACUGUAAGAACCUGUGUAGAUACCGUCACUGUUUCUCAACAUCUGCAUCAUGCGAUAUACGAACAGGAGACUGUGGUAACCAUGGAUGUAAACCAGGCUGGAAGGGAAACGACUGUACACACGCAUGUACAAAGAACUACAGCUAUGGACCCAACUGUAAGAACCAGUGUAGAGAUCGUCACUGUUCUGCAUCACCUGCACCAUGUGGUAAACAAACAGGAGAAUGUGGUUCCCAUGGAUGUAAACCAGGCUGGAAGGGACGCGACUGUACACAAGCAUGUAAAACGAACUACAGCUAUGGACCCAACUGUAGGAAUUUGUGUAGAGAUCGUCACUGUUCUUCGUCAUCUGCACCAUGUGGUAAACAAACAGGAUACUGUGAUUCCCGUGGAUGCAAACCAGGCUGGAAGGGAGUCGACUGUACACAAGCAUGUAGAAAGAACUACAGCUAUGGACCCAACUGCAAGAACAAGUGUAGAGAUCGUCACUGUUCUUCAUCGUCUGCACCAUGUGGCAAACAGACAGGAUACUGUGAUUCCCGUGGAUGCAAACCAGGCUGGAAGGGAGGCGACUGUGCACAAGCAUGCAUAAAGGGCUACAGCUAUGGACCCAACUGUACAAACCUGUGUAGAGAUCGUCACUGUUCCGCAUCAUCUGCACCAUGUGAUACACAAACAGGAGACUGUGGUUACUAUGGAUGUAAACCAGGAUGGAGGGGAGGCAACUGUGCACAAGCUUGUAGUUCAAGAACAUAUGGCAACCAGUGUGCCCUGAUGUGUCAAGAUCGGCAUUGUAAUGGAGCUUCAAGUUGUAAUCAUACGACUGGGAUAUGUGAACAUGGUUGCAAAACUGGAUGGGAAGGCUUAACUUGCGUAGCAUGUGAACAGAAUGUCUGGUAUGGCUCAAAGUGUAACAAGUUCUGUAAGGACAGACACUGUGCUGAUUUAAGGGCUGACUGUAAUGUGCAUAACGGGUAUUGCGCUGGAGGAUGUCAGGCAGGUUGGAAUGGUUAUGAUUGCAUUGCACAGUGUAGCCUGAACGUCAGUUACGGACCCAAAUGUAAGAAACACUGUACAAAUCGUAACUGUGCCUCUCCAUCUGCACCUUGUGAUGUGCAGACAGGAACAUGCGGUACUGGGGGAUGUAAGCCGGGCUGGGAUGGUGAGGACUGUACAAAAGGAUGUAUGAAAGGCGACAAGUAUGGUCCUAACUGUCACAAGUUUUGCACAGAUCGACACUGUAUUACUUCACGCAUGUCAAGAUGCGAUGUACGUACUGGAUCCUGUUAUGGACGUUGUGAACCAGGAUGGUCAGGGGUGGACUGUACACAAGCUUGUCAGAGAGGUGUGUCAUAUGGCUCUAACUGUACAUAUCGAUGUGCUACACGUCACUGUCUGAACAACUCCACAUGUGACGUGGCCACAGGGACGUGUGUCGACGGCUGUCAACCAGGAUGGAUAAACAGAGACUGUUCUAUAGCGUGUAAAGCGGGUAUCAGAUAUGGUCCCAACUGUUCACUGUUAUGCGUAGAUAGACACUGUCGUGGACAAUCAUCUUGUGAUCUUACUGACGGACAUUGUGAAACAAAUUGUCAAGCUGGAUGGAAGGGCGUCGAUUGUAGAGAAUGUGACUGGAGGUACGGUGUUCGCUGUCAUCUAGAGUGCAGUAAGAGAAAUUGCAAGAACGACAACUCACCAUGUGAUUUCCAGACUGGAGAGUGUGUUGGUGGGUGUAAACCUGGAUGGAUCCAUUCAACCUGUACAGAGGAAUGUAAAAGUGGACAUUAUGGGGAUGGAUGUUCAAGUCUGUGUACAGUUCGAAAUUGCCAUGGCAACAGCACAUGUGCCAAAGCAACGGGAGAGUGCAUUGAUGGGUGUAUGGCUGGAUGGAACGGAAUACCCUGCACCAUUCCAUGCAGCUCUGGAAAAUAUGGCAUGAAUUGUAAUUCUACCUGCGGACAUUGUAAAGGCGAACCAUGUGACAUCUUUUCUGGAAAUUGCACUCACGGUUGUAUGGAUGGGUUCUACGGAUCGUUAUGCAACGAACGUUCUUUUGCAACUGGCAUGAUUUCCGGAGUGGUUUCAGCAGCCAUCAUUGUCAUCAUCUUAGUUGUAAUAAUAGUAGUGUUGUUCAUGAGACGACGAAAGACCAACAGUCAAAUGUCUGACACUAAAACAUCUAACUACUGGGAUACCUUCAAGAAAGCUGUCAACAAUCCAAACAGACUGAAAAUUUGUUGA